AUGAUUUUAUUAAGCGCCAAGUUGCGGUGUAAACUGAAGGUUCAAGUGUAUCCAACCUUGAAUCCAAACAAAGCCAGAUGGUCUGUGGAGUUUCGGACAGCAUCACAUCGGUUCGGUGGGAAUACGGAAAGCAUUUGGCCUACAGAUCCUACAGGCAAUUGCUCAAAAUUACAAUUUGGGAGGAGAAAUGAAAAAUGGUGUGUCGCACCACUUAUGUUGAACAACGAAUAUGCCAUGAACGAACUCCUGGAAUGUGCUCAAGCUAAGGAUGUUAUGAAUAUUCCCGGCCAAGUUUUGACAACAGCCAAAUUCCCAUCACCAGAAUCCAAUUGUGCUUCGCCUACCCCAGUGCAAUUGUUUCAUGAGCUCAUCACAAAGUUUGAAACGCGCAACUGUGAAGAUUUCCCUCUAGUAAAGACGGACAGCUCACGUUCCGCGUCUGCGAAACGACGUGCCGAGACGGACCAAUGGAACACAACCAGGAUACAUAACAUUCAGCAUUUUGGUUUAAUACAAAUAGAGCUGUGGCUCUCUCACUUCAUUUAUACCGCCUUUUUCACAACUGUCAAUAAUAAAUAUGUUCAUAAGCAACCAAACACUCAGGUUCCUAUGCAGCGGAGUUACCCAGAGCCCAUCGUUGUUCCUUUUGAAAAAUUGCAUUAUUGUGGAUCAAAUGUCUACCGACAAACUGUGAAAAACAAAAUAUCAGAUAUGACACUAUUAAAUAUGCACAACUGCAUGAACAUGCGGUGCGAAAACAUUCAUGCAGCGACAGAUCUCAUAAGCCAGCUGUCUGGUUUACGCACAACAGUACAGUUCUCUAGAUUUCUGAAAACACGACUGCCUGGAGCAAACGCUGAUGCAAUGCUUUCAUUAUGUCUUCAUGGAGAACUGAUGCAGCAGACAACAAUAAACCAGGUUCGACUAAUGUGUGAGAAAAUUUGUAAUUAUCUGACCACUAACGGAACAAUGCACAUUAACUGA